CAGAUUUGCCGACGAGGCGGAGGGAUGCGGGGAAGCAGGUGGUGGUGGAGUCUCAUGGCCAAUUCUCCAGCGAGAAGGAAGAAUUUUACUGUCCGCGCGAUGGCAGAGGCGAGAGGGUAAGAUGGCUACGACGGACAGUUUGGAUAAGGUGACACAUGCGCAAGCAAUCAUUGUGAAGAUAGUGACUUUUGUUCAUGCAAUCUUUCUCGUUGCCUAUCGUGCAUGGACUCCACAGCUUCCCCUCCCCGGCCCUGCCCUGGCCUCCCCUCCUGAGGCGAUCUAAAUUUAGGCCUUCGCUCCAUCUUCAGCUGCUGCUGCUGCUGAAGGGGAGAAUGUUCGACGCUGUCCACUUGGAGCAAAGGCCUGCAUUGCGAGGGAUCGCGUCGGCCAGUUGUUGCUACAGCGGCAAGCGUUCGAGCUGGAGGAGCUGAAUUCGGAUCAGCGAAGGCGGCCUUUUGAGCUGGGCGGAUUUCAAAUUCAUCGGUCCGCGUCUCCCAAGCUUGUGUGCAUUAUGCCAUGAAUGUCCGCGCCGCUUGAAAAUCGCUCACAGGGAUUUGGCAGGAGCCUGCGAGCGAGCUGUGCUUCGUGUCCAGCCAUUCCUGACGCGAAGCUGCUCUGAUGAUUUCCUGUGCGCAGUCCUGUCCCCUUUGGACGCCUGCAUUGCGAAGCGCUGCGGAUCUGGGAUGUCAAGUGGGCAAUGGGGCAGUGCAGGUGGCCUCUUCCAGGCACUUGUCGAAUGUCUGCUCUGCCAGUAGAACAGGGGGGAGGCUGUGCAGUACCUCCAAUGCUCCUCCUUCUUCUUCGAGAUCUACGGAGGGAUUCAAGCCCCGGUUGAAUGGAAUCCGGAAUGAAGCGCGGCUGCCUCAGUACCAUCAGAGCAAGAGAAUCGAGCUGAAACAGAGCCGAGUGGUUCUGCAUGAUGGGGAGUUGAGAUUCAGGAGAAGUUGGAAGUCGAAUGGAUUCGACGCCGAGAGCAGGAAGCUGGAAGGUGAAACGUCCGAACUGGAAAGCCGUCGGAGUAUGCUACUCAGUACUUCGUCAGCUGUUGUGGGGAUUAUUAAUUACUUCGGAAGGAGUGAGGCUGCCGAGGCAUCUGUACAAAAGCGAGUCAAAUUGAGUGACGUCGACGACCAAAAGCUCCAGGAUGCUUUAAGGGCCGCAGUCGCUGGGGACUUGGAAAAUGCUGAAAAUUUAUUCUCCGAGCUGAUCAAAGAAGAACCCAAUAGCGCAAGUGUGUGGUCAAAUCGAGGAAGUGUUAGGGUUUCUCUGGGAAAGUUUGAGCUCGCCGCCGAAGAUUUUACGAAGGCCAUUGAAUUAGCCCCAGAAGCUCCAGUGCCAUUUUUAAAUCGUGCGAUCUCUUACGAAGCCAUGGGCCGUUUCGACGAGGCGAUCGCUGACUGCAAAACUGCUAUUGAAAAUGAUCCUGAGGAAUUCGCAGCUUGGUACAAUCUAGGAAACGUGGAAGUACGCGUCAAAGAUUACGACAAUGCGUUGCGUUCAUACGAAAGAGCUUCACUUCUAGCGCCUGGCAUUGCUGGUUAUCGUUUCAAACAGGCUCUAGUGCUUUUCCAGGUGGGAAGAAGUGAGGAGUCGAAGAAGCUGCUACAAGGACUGGUUAGAAAAUAUUCCAAUUAUGCAGAGGCACAUGCUGCUCUGGCAGCUGUUUUAUGGAGUGCGGGAUCACGCAGUGGUGCUGAGGAACAAUUUUCCGAAGCAACUAAUCGUGAGCCUCUAUUUAAAGAUUUAAGCUGGGUUAGUAGAGAACUUCAGUGGCCUCCAGCAGUCGUGGAGGCUUUCAGCAAAUUUUUGGCUAUAGACUACAAGUAGAGAUUUCCUCUAUCUUGCCGGGAAUCUACGAGGCAACGUACUUGCUGUGAAGAACUUUGCGAACAUAGAUUUAACGGCUGGUAUUUUGUUGUACGGGAUGUCGGCUGCGUCCAGGAAGUUUUGAUUGGCAUUUCUUUGGAGAACUUACAUUAAUCAGCAUGGUGUCAAGUCUCAGUGCCUCCACAACUGAAGCAAGCAAUUGCGCUGUGGGUCCCAAGAAAGGGGCAAUUUAGAUUUCUCCCACGAGCUCAUGCGUGAGCAGUAAGAUACAACCUCUCGGUCAUCGAUAAUAAUAUAUGGACAUUCACAGGAAAUCACAGAACUCAGAAAGGUUAUUGUAAACUUCACAUACUUCCCAUUCAUCCGAGAAACUCAAUUUUGGUUUAAUGACGAACUUCUUCCUUGACCUUUUGAAUACGCAGUUACCAUCAUCGAACUAUUAAACCUCUGUGUACCAUUUUUUGUCCAACAGACUUAACUCGA